UUUUGUUUUCAUCUUUAUGCCUUUUCUUCUCUAUUAUUCUUUCUUUUUUUCUUUUUCUUUUUUAAUCUUAAUCCUAUUUUCACAAUCCCGGUUCUGAUUUUCUCUCUCUCUCUUUCUUCCUAUCUCUCUCAAUUUCUCUCUCUCUGUAUGCUUACAGGGAAACUGCGAGAAAAUGUAAAAAUAACGUAUGAAUUGGUCGGUUUUAAAUGGAAAGCAUUCAACUUUGUUUCAUUUCGGUGUUAUCAUGAAUCAUCUUCGGUUACCCACAAACGAACCAAGAUCCCUUCUUGAAAAAUUUCACGUUUUUGUGAGGUUUGGCUAUCUGGGUAUUUAUUAGUUUUGCAGAAUUUUCCAAUGGCACAGGUUGAGGACAGGGAGAAGAGUCAUCAUCACAUUUCUUCAACAUCAAUGAGCAAUUUCCCGAGAGAUCUGUUGCAGAGGUUCGUGGCGGCGAACCACCAUCACUUGCCUUUGCCGGUGGUGAAGGUGGAGCAACCUGAUCAUCAUGCAGAUGCUGAUGCUGAUGAAGAAGAGGAGCUUGAGCUAAGUCUUGGCCUUUCGAUGAAUGGUCGAUUUGGGGUUGACCCGACAGCGAAGAAGAUCAAGAGAACAACGUCGAUACCUGAAUUUGUGAACCCCGUGAGAGAUGAAGAGAUGGGGUAUGUGGUACCAAUGGCUUGCACCCCUCUCAUAAGGACAUGUUCUCUACCAACGGAAACUGAAGAGGAGUGGAGGAAGAGGAAGGAGUUGCAGACGCUGAGGAGAAUGGAGGCAAGGAGGAAGCGUUCGGAGAAGCAGAGGAACUUGAAGGCUAUGAGGGAAAGGAAUCGUGCUUUUUCUGAAGAGGUUGGUUCAGAAGGUGUUGUUGAAGGGAACAAUCUUGUGGUGGAGCUAGGUGCAGGUGCUUUUAAUGAAUUUACCAGCUUGGACAGAACGGCGUCGUUGACCACUCGUGUUUGUGGACUUGGUUUGAAUGGGGAGAAGGAGAAGGAGAAGGGUGGUGGGUUGUUGCCACCUCCAUCGCCGUCACAGGGUUCCAUUGGUUCUUCUCAGGGAACUGGGUCUUCCGGGACCUCAGAACCUGAGUGUCAACAAGGUCAAGGAACAACACCAGUGGAUGCUAGAAGUCCUAUUAGUGCCAACAUGUUGCCAGAGGUUGAACUGAAAUCACCAGUCACCUCAGGAGCCAGAGUUGCAGAAAACUCAGGCAAGAUUGCUGAAGGAACAAUGAGAAACCAGACUAACAAACAUUCACCACCUGAAAACAGAACAAAAGACAUUGUGAGGAACCUGUUGGAAGACAUGCCGUGCGUGUCUACAAAAGGAGAGGGUCCUAAUGGGAAAAGAAUACAAGGUUUUCUUUACCGGUAUGGGAAAGGUGAGGAAGUGAGGAUAGUGUGCGUUUGCCAUGGCAGUUUUCUCACCCCAGCUGAGUUUGUCAAGCAUGCUGGUGGGGAUGAUGUGGCGAACCCAUUGAAGCAUAUUGUUGUUAGUCCUAGCUUUUUGUAACUUGUGUGUGAGUGAGGCUAAGAGAAAGAACCAAUGAUGAGUGAUCAAAUUUUUUACUCUUCAUUCCUAGUUCACUCAUUAUACUCACUGCAUGUGAUGUGGAAGUUAUGUUCGUCCUUUGAAAUCAUAGACAUUGUUAAGGAUCUUAUUUCUUUCUUAUUCGGGUAUCCUUUCCUUUUGUUCUUGUGUGACCUUAGAACCGUCUAUAAGGAGACAAUGAUACUUGCUUGUUAGAAUUUGAACUUAAGCUUUAUGUUAGUUUCCGUUAAUUUAAUUAUGGAGUUAAGUUUUUUUUUUUUCCUUCUUCCCUUCUAGUAAACUGAUAGAAGGAUUAUUAGAUUAAUGUUA